GUAGCAUUUCAAUCUUACAAUAUUGCCUUUGAUCCAAAACCUGGCAAACAAAUUUCUGGGCUUUUGUGCUUUCUCACUUCCAUCUUUAAUCGGAAUAAGCUUGAACAUUUUCUUUAAUCUCUCUGUUGUUAUUGUUCAGAAAAUCUAUUAGGCUAAAUCUUUCUUUACCUCUCUUGUCUUGAUCAAAAACAAUGUCCACCCAUAAACCAACUGCUGCAGUUAUUUCAGCACAACCAGAGUCAAACGGUGAGACAAGAAACGGCCAAUCCUUCAAGUCUUAUCCUCCAGCAACCGCCCAGUUUGAAGAUAUCGUUCGAAGCUCAGACCUUUUCUGGGAAAAGCUCAAAGCUUUCCACAAAUCCUUUGGUACCAAAUUCAUGGUUCCUACUGUAGGAGGAAAGGCUCUUGAUCUUCACCAUCUUUUUGUGGAGGUAACAUCUCGUGGUGGCCUUGAGAAGGUAAUUAAAGAUCGUAAAUGGAAGGAAGUGAUAGGAGUCUUCAGUUUCCCAUCAACAAUUACCAGUGCCUCCUUUGUCUUAAGGAAGUAUUACCUAUCAUUACUAUACCACUUUGAGCAGGUCUAUCUCUUCCAGAAACAAGGCCCUUCAGUCUCAAUUCCAGAUGCUAUGAAUGGGAAUUUUGUUAAUGGGUCUGCAGCUCAAGAUGAAGGUGCCACUGUGAAUCAGUUCCCAGGUCCAGAAUUGCAGCUUGGCACCUCAGUGACUGGAUAUAUUGAUGGGAAAUUUGAUGAUGGAUAUCUGGUAACUGUGAACUUGGGCUGUGAUCAACUUAAAGGGGUCCUGUAUCAUAUUCCUCAGGCAUUUGUGUCUCAGGGUUCUAACAGUUCAGAUGUACCUCCUCGCCGGCGCCGAAAAAGAUCUCGGCUAUCGUUACAUGAUCCCUCUCAGCCCAAGUCUUACAGAAGUGGUUAUAAUUUCUUCUUCUCUGAACAUUAUGCUCUGCUUAAGCCUCUACACUAUGGGGAAGAGAAAUUAAUCUGCAAGAAGAUUGGCAUGCUAUGGAACAACCUCACAGACGCAGAAAAGCAGGUUUAUCAGGAGAAAGGUUUGAAGGACAAGGAGAGAUACAGGACAGAAAUGUUGGAAUGCAGAUCUUCUGUAGCUCAAUAGCCAACAAUGUUCUUCUAGUUAGGACAUGAAAUUUUCCAUCUUCUCUGGAAGUAGCUGCUUCUCUGUUUUGUUCCAUCUUUUCCAUUUUGUUCGAAUCAAAGAUUUUCCGACAGAUAGGCUUCCUAUGAAACUGGAAUGUAAAAUGCUGCAAUGUUGCUGCUGAAUUAAAGUAUCUAGUCUUAUGGCUUGAAA